CAAAAUGAACAAACGUCAAUGUUCAUAUGUCAGAGUCAGACAACAUAAUAAAUAGGUACAUGGUAUACCUAUUGUUGCGGUAAAUAAUUAUGUAUUCGUGUCAUAAUAAAAUCUAAACAAAUACUGUGAUAACGUGGUUUCAAUAUGAGGAUCAGGCGGUUGUCGGCUGUGUUUUGGACAACAUGCAUAAUAGCAUUCGUAUUUAUACUCUAUGUUGUGACUGACUUAAGUUUUAAACUGCCAAGUAUAAAGCCUGCAGUACAGGAGUUUGAUGAUACUAAAUGGUCAUCUUUUGAAUCUAAGUUGCGACAUAUAGAAAACGAGUUAAAUCAACACCAUGCUGUGGUCGGUGAGAUCAAGUCGGCCAUGGACCAGAUUGUUGAACAGUCACAGGAGUACCAUCCUCCCCAAAAGAGGCCGAGAGAAGAGUACACGCAGCCUAGGAUAAAGGAAGUGAAAGCAGUUGGCGAUGAGCCUCCUAAGAUGCGGAUUCCAUUUAAUCAGUCAACUUGUCCAAUACAGAAACAGAGUGUUCCUAAAACUGAUAUACAGAUGCUUUCGCUGUACGAUCGUAUGAUGUUCGAAGACAUUGACGGCGGAGUCUGGAAGCAAGGCUGGGAUAUUGAAUACAAAGAGAACCAAUGGAGUCAAAAGAAUAAACUCAAAGUGUUUAUCGUGCCGCACUCCCAUAAUGACCCAGGUUGGAUAAAGACAUUCGAGAACUACUACAAGACACAAACACGUGCGAUAUUUAAGAAUAUGGUGGAGAAGUUGUUCGAAGGUAUCGGUAGGAAGUUCAUUUGGGCUGAGAUUAGUUACCUGUCGCUUUGGUGGAACAGUGAUGCAUCUGAUAAGGAGAAAACGGCCUUCCAGAACCUUCUCAAAAAAGGACAGAUAGAAAUAGUCACGGGCGGCUGGGUUAUGAAUGACGAAGCGAAUUCCCACUGGUUAUCGAUCAUGCAGCAACUUACAGCUGGUCACCAAUGGCUCAUCGAGAACUUCGGUUAUACACCAAAGAACUCGUGGUCGAUAGACCCCUUCGGGUAUUCCAGCUCACAACCUUAUUUACUAAAGCUAGCAGGCUUCGACAACGCUGUCAUACAGAGGGUGCACUACAGAGUGAAGAAAGAACUCGCUUCUAAUAAACAGUUGGAGUUCAAAUGGCGGCAGACAUGGGAUGGUAUGGGUAAAACAGACAUGUUUACACAUAUGAUGCCGUUCUAUUCUUACGAUGUUCCUCACUCCUGUGGACCUGAUCCAAAGGUAUGCUGUCAAUUUGAUUUUAAACGGCUGCCUGGAAACGGAAUAACUUGUCCAUGGGGUAUAGCGCCACGGAAGAUUACAGAGAAAAAUAUCAAUGAAAGAGCGUCGAUGAUCCUCGACCAAUGGCGUAAGAAAGCGCAGUUGUACCGCAGCAACGUACUCAUGUUCCCGCUGGGCGACGACUUCCGUUACGACCGCGCCAACGAGUGGGACAACCAGUACCAGAACUACGAGAUACUCAUCGAUUACAUUAAUAAUAACGAUGCCUGGAAUGCUGAGGUACAAUUCGGUACUCUGGAGGACUACUUCAAGGCUGUCCACGCGGAGGUCAAGCUGUCCGACUUCCCGGUGUUGUCCGGUGACUUCUUCACUUACGCCGAUAGGAACCAGCACUACUUCAGCGGGUAUUUCACGUCGAGACCCUUCUAUAAGAACAUGGAUAGAGUUCUGCUAGCUUAUGUUAGGGCAGCAGAAAUAAUAACAGGUCAAGCAGCAUCGUCCCGCUCCGUGAACAACAUACUGUCACUCCAGCUGCGCGACCGCGUGGAGCAGGCGCGACGAACGCUGUCGCUAUUCCAGCAUCACGACGGGAUCACUGGCACUUCCAGGGAUGAAGUCAGAGAAGAUUAUGCUAAGAAAUUGCUAUCAGCUAUCAAAUACAGUCAGUCAGCAAUCCAGCAAGCCGCUUACUACCUCCUCAAACAGCCGGCCAUUCUAGACCAAAUACAGGAAGACAUAUACUUCGACGUGGACGACAUCUGGCGGACACACGAUGAAAUACCGACCCGUAUAACAAUAGCGUUGGACGCAGUGUCGCCAUCUAGGAAGAUAGUACUGUAUAAUGCGCUCGUGUUCAGGAGACACGAGGUGCUUACCGUGUUGGUGUCUUCGCCUCAUGUCGAGGUGUUCGAUCCAGAAGGCAACCCCAUGAUGGCUCAGAUCUCGCCAGUAGUGGCAGGCGACAAGAGACUCGCGUUCGCGGCGAACAAGUACCAGCUGUCGUUCCCGGUUGCCGUCGACCCGCUAGCUCUCACAGUGUAUACUGUGUCGCUAAGGGAUAAUAUGAGUAUUAACAAAUACACGUCAUACUCCCGCAUCCGCGUGUACAACGCGGACUACUGGACGGUGGACCUGCCCAAGAUGUUCCCUGUGGAGCAGCCGUCCGCCCGCCUCAUGGAGGACAUCAGCUUCCAGGCCAACAACAGCACGCGCGUCGUCACCAACCUCAACGGACACAUCAAGGCCAUCGUGUCGCCAGAUGGCACCACUGUACCCGUGCAUAUGGAUUUCGCGCAAUACGACAGCCAGCGCGGUCCGGACAACAACAGCGGCGCGUACCUGUUCAUCCCGUCGGGCCCCGCCACUGACUACCGGCCCGAGCCCUUCCCCGAGAUCGUCGUCACCGAGGGCAUGUACAAGGCCACCCUCUACACAGCCCUCAACUCGCCGAAAGCCGCCGACUUGGUCGUAGCCAUCACAGUCCACAACAACCCGACCCUCCCUCACAGCGAGGUUGAGAUCAGCAACACGUUGCUGAUAGACCCGCAGGUGGACGACCUGGAGCUGGCGCUGCGCCUGCGCACCGCCGUCGACAACGGCGACGUCUUCUAUACUGAUCUAAAUGGCAUGCAGAUGGUAAGACGUCGCUACUUCGACAAGAUCCCUCUUCAAGCGAACUUCUACCCGCUGCCCGCGGCCACAUACAUAGAGGACGACAGCAUGAGGUUCACAGUGCUCACGUCCACACCGCUCGGCAUGGCCGCACUACAGCCGGGACAGAUAGAGGUGAUGCAAGAUAGAAGACUGAGCCGCGACGACAACAGAGGGAUGGCGCAAGGAGUUCUUGACAACGUGCGGACAAGACACACCUUCAAGAUCAUCAUAGAAAAGGCUAAGAAGGGUUGCACCAAGCCGCCAUCAGAGCACCCGUCAGGGCAGCUGACGCUGGGCGCGCACGUGUCGCAGCAGAUGCUGCUGCAGCCGCUGCUGGGCAUGCACUACACGUCGCGCGAGGACACCACGCACACCGGCUACUCGCGCGUCAACGUCAACCAUGCGGACCUCGUGCUGGCCGCGUUCAACCCCUAUGUCGCUGCUAAGAACAAAGAUGGCGGACUGCUCCGCGGCAUGGGCCUGACGAUGCAACGCGUGUACCUGGACACGUGCUACGGUAACAACGACAUCAGGAAGUGGUAUCAUCUGGGAGACGGACAGAUCUCCGUAUCGGACCUUGUCGACGCACCUGCCGACAAAGUAUACGACAGCUCGCUCACAUUUACAACGAUACGGAACCCGUUGCCAAGUGGAGUGCUCACGCUGUGCCCCAUGGAAAUCAGAUCAGUGUUCAUCAACGACACGCUCAAGAAAUACAAGUUUUAACCUGUUUUGGCUAUGGGUCGGAUUUGAAAAAGGAGCGGAAAACAAGAAAAUGAACGUAGGCUAAGUUCAGAUAAACGCGCGACGUCGCGCGGUUUAAGAGUGUGAAAAAUAAAUUCUGUUGUGUACGCGCGGUAUCUUAAACCGCACGUCGCGUCGCGCGUUCAUCUGAACUUAGCCUUACGGUGAAACCAGGCGAGUAUUUUGAGUCGCCUUUUGAUCGAAAGUAACAACAAUUACGUGAAUUUUACGACAGAAUUAAUAUUAACUCUCGUCUGGCUUCACCUUUAAAAGAUUUUCUGAAUUCAGACUUCGAACUACGAGACUUGUUUUAUAAUUCAUGAAUGUCGGAUAAAAAUAUUAAAGAUCGGUACCUUAUUUAAAUGUAGGCAACUUUGUUUUGGAUUUAAUUUUAAACCACGGUGCUUCGUCUAUGUUUCAUUGAUCUUUAGUUCGUUAAUAUUAAAUUUCGUCCUUUUUAAUUUUAGGUCGGGAAUUUAUGACGAUGAGAGAUUGUUUUUGGAAAGUAUGCGUAGUCUAUGGUCUAACUGGAUUUACAAUAGACAAGUUAGACUUGCAAAGGACCAUUGAGUGAAUGUUAAGAUCGAUAUUGGCCAAAUACACACUACUAUUGGUGUUAAACGUAACAUGAAUUAGUUAAAUUUUAGACCUUAUGCCAUUGUUAUAAGUGUCUUUAUUGUGAAAACAGAAAUCGGUUAGCCUUUAGCUUAGCCUCUGUUACCCCUAUCAUUUAGGAAUAUGUUUAGGCUUACCGCCGUGAACGCACAAAAAGACUUUGAGGCCGCGUUUGGCUCAUCAAUGCGCGUGGCGCUAUGUGUGCGUGCGAUACACGGCGAUAGUUUAUCAUUAAGACUUGCCACAAAUGAAAGCAUUACACAAUAUCACUCACAAUACACACAAGGGUUACGCACACAUGGCGUCGAGCGCAAAGAUAAGUUGAUUUACCCAUAGAGGCAUCGUCUAUGUAUGUAUGAGACAGCAAUGCGAAGCCAAUCGUAUGAGCUACUGACUGAGUAAGCAGCCGUAUGUUUACGACCACUGGUGGAAAAUAUACAUAUAAGGAAAUAGAGAAAUCAAUAAUUAACGGCUAUCCAUAAAUUAUGUCACGAGUUAUGGGAAAAGUGGUGAAGUAAGAAGUGUGAAGAGGGAUGGAAGACAUCACUACUUGGUCAAUCAAUUUGUGUGUAUGUCUUGAUGAAAUUUGGCUAGUCUGGAGGUAGUUGACAUUUCGGAUUUAUACAUAGAACGAGUUUUAUUUGCAUGUAUUACCGCGGAACGCAUCUAAUAAUAAUGUGACCUAAUUCAUGGAUUACCACUUUCAAGUUUAUUUACAAUAAUAUAUGUUAUUAAUUAAAUUAUUUACAUUUUAUUUGUUAUCUAUCAAUUGAGUGAGUAUCAUUUAUUUUACACAUUAAAUAUUAAAAUGUAUUCAUUUCUAUGGUUCGUACUGCCGUGUUGAAAGUGUUUAAACGUUCAACAUUUAACUAAACAGUUACUAUUAUAAUAUAGCGAGGUUUCUAGGAUAAGACUUGUAUAUAUAUUUGCACAUGAAUACUUAAACGUUUUCACUGAAUAUACAUUUAUUAUAAUCAUGUAUAUCCGCAAUAUUUACAUUAUUAGGGGUAGUGAGUAAAUCAGAGUGCCUACCAUCACAUCUCAAAGUAAUAUUAUUGAAAUUAAAUAUAAUAACCGACAAGGCCCUACAAUGGUCGAAUAAUGAAUAGCAAUUGGAUUAAAAUGACACCAUUCGUAUCCCCCUAAGCAUUUUGCGAACACAAUAAUUGGAAAUACAUUGUAUUGAUCGUGAGUGUAACGCCCCGUACUUAAUCCCGUUGAUUCUUUGGCCAUUAUAAAUAGCGGAAUUAGGGUCCAGGGCUCUAACCUGCGUCUCCAGGCUAUACAAGCCAGUCGCUUUAUCAACUAAACUACCAAGGUCUCUGACCAGGAAUUUGAAUUUGUUCAUUGCAUUCUGACACAUCUUCGGUGCGUAAGACGAAAAUAAUUACAUCGGAAUCGCUUUAAAAAAAAAUGACUUUAAAUAUUAUUGCAUUUGAGAGAUGCUGCUUUACGACUUACAGUGCGCUGUCCCUCUUCCACGAUUGCUGUAAUAUUACUUUGAGACGUGCUGGUAGGUCGCCGGGACUAAUUAUCGAUGUUCAAUAAUGAUAAUCGUAGGUAUUUGUUUUUUGUGUAGAAUGUAAUUUGUAAUUAUGUUUCUGAAGCACCUUGUUACUGGAUAACGAUUAAGACAGUUUAAAAUAGUGAGGAUUUCUCCUCAGUAUGUUAUAGGCGUUUUUCUGUAUCUCGUGGGUAUACUCCGGCGCAGGUAAAAAUAGCUUUAAGGCGCCUGUGUAGGGUAUAUAUUCCUUUACCGCAUGAACUAGCCUCAGGUUUCCCAAAGCUCUCUUUACCUAGGUCGAUGAAAUAAUAGCUCUGUUAAUCUUCGAAUUUACUAAAAUAAUUAUAAAUAUGUAUUGUGAAAGCAUAAUCGCGUUUAAUUACGAGGAUCAUUAUCUAAUAAUAUACAUGAAUAAUUUAUUCCGUCUUUGGUAGUAGCAUCGAGAUCUCAAUAUAAAUUCAACUUUGUAUUUAGGGGUUAAGAAUUAAUAUGUCACAGUUCAUUGAAAACGUACGCACUAAUGUAUUUAAAAUUCCUCUGAACCAUUUAUUUAUCUAUGUAAAAUAUUAGUGAGAUUUAUAAUAAUGUUUUAUUAUACAUGUACAUUUAUUUCAUGAAGUUGUAAAUAUAUUAGGAGAUUGUGUUAAAUGUAA